GGAGUCUCAUGCAUACGCGUGAAAUUAAUACCAAAGACUUUGUCUUCGUUUCCUCAACUUGUGGCCAUGGCGCAACUAUGGAGUCUGCUUGUGGCGCUUCUGAUGACUGCAUUGUGGCGCUGCGACGCUCAACCCCAGCCCCAAGUCCCUUGCUACUUCAUUUUUGGCGACUCUUUGGUUGACAAUGGCAAUAACAAUGGGCUUUCUUCUUUGGCCCGCGCGAAUUACCUCCCUUACGGCAUCGACUUCCCCCGCGGCCCCACUGGAAGGUUCUCCAAUGGAAAGACUACCGUUGAUGUCAUCGCGGAGUUGUUGGGGUUCAGCAGCUACAUCCCUCCCUAUUCCAACACCAGAGGCCGAGACAUACUCAGAGGAGUGAACUAUGCUUCUGCAGCGGCAGGAAUCAGAGAGGAAAGUGGCCAGCAACUGGGAGCUCGGAUUAGCUUCAGUGGGCAAGUAAGAAAUCACCAAAACACUGUUCAACAAAUAGUGAACAUUCUUGGGGAUCAAAAUGCAGCUGCUGAUUACCUUAGCAAGUGUAUAUAUUCUGUUGGAUUAGGCAGUAACGAUUACCUUAACAACUAUUUCAUGCCCCAAAUCUACUCGUCCAGCCGCCAAUUCACCCCGGAUCAAUACGCUCAAGUUCUCAUCCAACAAUAUACUCAACAAUUAUCGAUUAUGUACAACAAUGGAGCAAGGAAGUUUGUGCUGUUUGGAGUGGGCCAAAUUGGGUGCAGCCCAAAUGCAUUGGCAAAUAGCCCAGAUGGGAGAACUUGUAUACAGAGGUACAACUCUGCCAAUCAAAUGUUCAACAACAGGCUUAGAGCCCUUGUGGACCAACUCAAUGCCAACCAGCCUGACGCACGAUUUAUCUACAUUGACUCUUUUGGGAUUUUCCAAGACAUCAUAAACAGCCCUUCAUCUUUUGGUUUUAGGGUUACAAAUGCUGGGUGCUGUGGAGUUGGGAGGAACAAUGGGCAAAUAACAUGUUUGCCUUUCCAAACCCCUUGUCCCAAUAGAAGGGAGUAUCUAUUUUGGGAUGCAUUUCAUCCAACUGAGGCUGGAAACACCGUCGUCGGAAGAAGAGCUUACAGCGCCCAACGACCCUCCGAUGCCUACCCGAUCGACAUUCGCCGCCUUGCCCAACUCUAGUUCGGUUAUCGAACUAAUUUUAUGGUUUAUGCAUAAGUUGAAAGAGUUUUUCUUUAUCUUUAAUUUCUUCUGUUUUUCACCAUUGUUCCAAAGAACAUGGUGUGCUGCUUAAUUUACCACUUAUGUUGUUGUGUAUGUUGUGUAUUUAAGGUUUUGAAAUGUAAACUAAAUCUAUAAUGAAACAAUUAAUCAGUGAGAAUAUGAGAAUAUGAGAUAUGUUAUGAUCAUUUAACUUGA